AUGUCGCUCCCCGGCGCCAACUCCUUGGCCGUGCUCCUCCUCCUCGUCCUCUCCACAUGGCCGACGUGCCCCGCCGCCCACAACAUCACGGCCAUCCUCGCGGCGCGCCAUGACAUGGCCGAGUUCAGCCGCCUGCUCACGUCCACGGGCCUUGCGGACGACAUCAACGAGCGCAACACCAUCACGGUCCUCGCCGUGGACGACGCCGGCAUGGCGGCGCUGAGGGCGCGGCACCUCCCGCGGGAGGCGCUCCGGCACGUGCUCUCCCUCCACGUCCUCGUCGACUACUACGACCGCGCCAAGCUGCACCGCCUCCCCGGCGGCUCCGCGGACGUGUCCACCCUGUUCCAGGCCUCCGGGGACGCGCCCGGGAGCGCCGGCAUGGUGGAGAUCUCCGAGCGCCGCGGCGGGAGCGUCGCCUUCGUGCCCCAGGAGGACGGCGACCACGACGCGCACGCGCCCGCCGUGCUCUUCGUCAGGUCCGUGCACGAGGCGCCCUACAACAUCUCCGUGCUGCAGGUGGGCGCCGUCAUGUCGUCCCCCGCCGCCGAGGCCCCCUCGUCGCCCGAGUCCUCACCAAGGCACAAGGCUACCGACGUGGCGCACAAGAACGGCACGAGGCCAGGUGACGAUGCCGCUGCUGACGCGCCUUCGCGGGGUGGGGAUGGAGAAGGAGAUGGAGAUCGCGCGGACGGAGGAGGAGAUCGUGCGAAGAAGAAUGGCGCGAUCGGCACGGCUCCGGGCUGGCUAUCCUUCGCUUGGGCGUUCCUGCUGGCGAUCAAGAUUAUCGUGGUGCUCGUUUGA